CUCGGAAGCUGUUCGUUUGGUCGGAAACAGAGGGAUGAUCUGGUUGCUGUCAGUGUUGGUGCCUCUUCUGAGGCUGUACUUAUGCGGAAUUAAAGUUCUUAUCUAUCAGAUGUUCAACAGAUCUUUUACGCUACCAGGUACUCAUAAAUGAAGGCAUCCAAGUGGAUUGCUUACUGAAGGAACCAAUGGAGGGUAAAAGUUCAGGACCUUCAUGUUCUGGCCUCAAUCUGGUCGCACACCCACGGGCAAAAAGCAAAGUCUGGAAGUACUUUGGCUUUGACACAGAUGCAGAUGGCUGCAUAUUGCACUGGAAACGGAUAUACUGCCGCGUAUGUAUGAGUCAAAUAGCUUACUCCGGAAACACCUCCAAUCUGUCGUACCACCUUGAAAAGAACCACCCUGUAGAGUUCAGUGAGUUUGUGAAGAGCAACACAGAUCAGAUGCGCGAGGCGUUCGCCACAGCAUUCUCCAGGAUAAAAACCGAGCCUUCAGGUAUACAUGCUCAGCAACAGUCCCAGGACACAAACUUAAGGCAGAGCUUAGACUAUGAAAACAGACGACACAAUGAUCUGACUGCUGCUGUCAUCAACUUCAUCUGCGAGGGGUUGUACCCUGUGUCUGUAGUUGAAGAACCUACUUUCAAGACCUUAAUGAGUACGGUUGAUCCUGGGUAUUCUCCACCAAGCAAAAGCGACCUGGCAGUUAAAAUGCUUCCUCAGAUGUAUUGCCGUAGUCGAGACAUCGUCUUUAGUGAGCUUGCUGGGGUUGUGAACUGUGGUGUUACAACGGACCUUUGGCAAAGCCAAACCCAGAAUAGAACAUACAUUUCACUCUCUAUGCAUUCAGUUAAUUACUACAGUACAACUGGCUUCUCCAUGACCAACAAAUGCCUUAAAACCUUUGAAGUACAAGAGGACAACACAGCAGAGAACAUCACCAGAGCGAUGUAUGAAGCCUUUGUUGAAUGGGGAAUAACUCAUAAAGUCAGCGGUGCCACCACAAAUGGUUCAGUAGACAUUGUCAAAGCAUGCUCGCUCCUGGAAUUAUCAGUGGAAAUGCCCUGCCUGGGGCAUACCAUCAAUCGGGCAAUGGAUGAAGCCUUUCAGCUGCCGAGAGUCGACAGCUUUUUGGGAUGUUGCCGCAAACUUGUUGACCAUUUCAGAGAACCGGCAACGUAUCUGCUGAGAGAAAAACAGAAGCAGCAUGGCCUAGCUCAGUGUGCACUCAUCACAGACAGGGGUAGGUCUUGGUUGGCAACAUUGGCAAUGUUACAAAGACUGAAAGAGCAACAGGUUGCUGUAACUGCAACACUAGUGGAGGGUUCCAGCAGCCAUCAUUUCAGCUUCGAUGGUCCUGACUGGGCCUUGCUGGAGGGCUUGAUUGAUGUCCUCCAACCUUUUAAAGUUGUGGCCAACAUGAUAAGUUCUUGCAGGUACCCAACCAUUAGCAUGGUUAGGCCUGUGCUUCAUAUGCUGUUGAACACCACCCUCAAGAUCAAGGAAGGAGACCUUAAGGAGAUCAGCAUGACCAAAGAGGUCAUCUCAAAGGUCCUAUCAAGCACCUAUUCACAGAAUUCACAAUUAUCGCAAGAAAUUUCAACAUUCCUCAAUAUUUCCACCUUCCUGGAUCCUCGGUACAAGAAGUUGCCUUUCUUGUCCACUCAGGAACGCUCUAAAGUUGAGAAUUACAUCAUUGAGGAGGCAAAAGCAAUUCUUGAGAAGCAGAUUGCAGACCGACCAUGCCUAGAUGAUUUCUCCUUGGUAUCUGAUGAGCCACCUAGCAAAAAGCAGACACCCCUAAGGGAAUCUUCAGCCAGCAGCGUAACCCAAGACAACCCUUUGGCCGCGAUAUUUUGCCAGUCUGAUGCAGACCAGAGCCAGGAGGAGCUACAUGCACAGGUGGUAGAGGAGCUGAGCAACUACAAAUCUCAAAGAGUCCUAGGUCUAAAUGAAGACCCUUUACUUUGGUGGUCAAGUCAUGCACCCUUGUUCCCCACCCUCCUCAAGGUACUGCAAAAGUACUGGUGUGUUCCUGCCACAAGUGUACCUUGUCACAGGCUGUUCAGCUCCUCUGGGACUGUUCUGUGUGGGAAAAGGAACCGUAUAGCUCCAACUUUAGUAGAUCAGCAGGUCUUCUUGUACGAGAACUCGCGUAGCUACUAUGAGCCUGAACCCUGUGAGGAUGAUUUGGACAAUGUUUGGGAAGGAAACUAUUGUCUGGGUCAGCCACUUGAAUGACCGUGUGCUUAAAGUCAAAUCAUUCUGUGCAUUGUGUGUGGCCUACGUGACAGACUUGCUGAAGCAUUGAAAAAUAUUUAUCAGUGUAUCAGUCACUAGUAUGAAAAUGUAAUGGGCCUGUUAUUAAUGUAAUUAAGUUUUGGCCUAUAAUCAAUAUGAAAAUAGUUUUUUGCGCCAUGGCCUUUUACAAGAAUUGUCAAUUUUUUUAGGGGGUUAAAAUGCUUAUUUGCGUUUUCUCUGAGAGUGACAUCAGGAGAUUGUUCUCAAACAGGUAUAUUAACUACAGAGCUAAAGCCAGGAUAUGUUUAGCGUAGCUAGCACAAAGACUGUAAGCAGGAGAAACUGCUAGUGUCCAUCUUUAUAUUUUUAAUUAUACCUGCCAACACCUGCAUUUCAUUGUGUGUAACAUUGAGUAUGUUAGCAUGCUGAUGUUAGCAUUUAGCUUAAAUCACUCUUAAGCCCCGAAUACACUCCCAAACGGACGUGUACAUGGACAGCUGCAGAAACCAUGUCUGCAUAGUAGCUGUACUGUAAAAUUUAAAACAAUAGCCCAAGCUUUUAUUUGCUUCAAUCACUUGACCUGCCUUUAUUUGCCCCCAGAGACCAGGUUUUAUUUGUCAAAACAUGUAGCCACGCAAGGCUAGUAAAGGGGCUCGCAUCUAAUUGGGACCCUGCUUUUAAUUGUUUUAGGGUAUAUACUAUUUUCUGGGGUCUGUUUGGAAGAUCGUUUUCUCAUCUCAGUCACAGAAAGAAAAAACGUAGGAGUGUAUUAAAGCCUAUAAGUCAAAUAACUUUUUUUAUACAUUUUAUUUUAGUUAUUGCACAAAUGAGAGAAAAUUAUAUGAUGUCAACUGCUAUGGUUGAUGCUUAUAUUGGAUCCAACAAAUCUGUAAUCAAAACCCGAAAGAAUUAUAGUAAAUAUAUAGAAUAAUAAUAUGUUGCAUCUACUCAGUAUGCUGUAAACUCUGUUGUUUCUUUUUGGCCUUUUUGUUGCACUUUUAAUUGUUUGGGGGUUUUUUUGUUCAUUUUGUUUGGGAUGUAUUUUGUAAAUACCUACAAUAUAUGUAUAUUGUAGCAUUAACAACAAUGGACAAGUUUUAAAAAUGUCUUGCUCUGUAGAACACUGGCACAUAUACAUUAUGAUGUAAAACAACUUUAUGAAAGUAAAGAUUUUGUUUUCAAUAUUUA